UAGCAUUUAUACAACCUCGGUAUAGUGUUGUCCACUGGCGAACGAGGCACGUUGCACCAUCGUGGAGCAAGGAAAAUAAUAUCAAGUAGGGCAUAAAACUAAAUUAUAUGACAUUUUCGAUAUAAAAACAAAGUAUGAGGCAGACAGCGCUAAAUGACAUCUCUUCGUUACAGAAGAAUACAAAGAAUAUCAGAAAUAUAUGCAUUCUGGCACACGUUGAUCAUGGAAAAACAACAUUGGCAGAUUGUUUAAUUGCAAGUAAUGGAAUAAUAUCCCCAAGGUUAGCAGGGAAGUUACGUUACAUGGAUGACAGGCCAGAUGAACAACAAAGAGGGAUAACAAUGAAAUCUAGUGCCAUCUCCCUGCUUUACUCAAAAGAUGGUGAUAAUUUCUUGAUAAAUUUGAUUGACUCUCCUGGUCACAUCGACUUUUCCAGUGAGGUGUCAACUGCUGUGCGCCUGUGUGAUGGAGCACUUGUUCUUGUUGAUGCAGUCGAGGGUGUCUGCCCACAGACUCACGCCGUCUUGCGUCAGGCCUGGCUGGAGAACAUUCGACCCUGCUUAGUAUUAAACAAAAUGGAUAGAUUGAUCACCGAAUUGAAGCUUAGCCCUUUAGAGGCCUAUCUUCAUUUGCAGCAAAUUCUAGAACAGGUUAAUGCAGUCACCGCUUCCUUGUUUGCCUCUCAAGUCAUGGAGAAGAAUAUUGAUGAUGUAAAAGGCAGCACUAAAAAACAUGAAAUGACUGAUACAGCCGAAGAUAACCAGGUUUACGAUUGGGACUCUGGGCUCGUUGAAGCUGACGAUUCAAACUUAUAUUUCUCGCCAGAGCAAGGAAAUGUCGUCUUUUCAAGUGCUGUCGAUGGCUGGGCAUUCAGCAUUAAUGACUUUGCUCAGAUGUUUUCAAAGAAACUUGGCGUGAAAUCUGAGAUAUUAUCAAAAACGUUGUGGGGAGAUUUUUAUCUAAAUACAAAAACAAAACGAAUUAUGAAAGGUGCUCAAAGCAAGGGGAAAAAGCCCCUGUUUGUACAGUUUGUGUUGGAGAAUCUUUGGACAGUGUACGAAGCACUAUUAGAAAAAAGGGAUAAAGAUAAAAUCGAGAGAAUAGUUUCUAGCCUAGAAUUAAAGUUGUCUGCUCGGGAUACGAGAAGUACGGAUCCAAGGACAAACCUCCAAGCAAUAUUACGUCAGUGGCUGCCUCUUUCUAAUGCUAUCCUCGGUAUGGUGUCAACCAAACUUCCUAGUCCACUUGAUGUUCCUGAGGAAAGAAUAGAAAAAUUGAUGUGCGGAGGAUUACGAAAGUUUGAUUCGUUGCCAAUGGAGACACAGCAGCUAAAGCCAGCUUUUAGGGAAUGCAGCUCCUGUGCCGGCAAGCCAGUAAUUGCAUUUGUUUCAAAGAUGUUUUCAGUCUCCCAAGAGGCACUUCCCAAACACCGUAAAAGGCCGCUGACGCAAGAAGAAAUAGAGAAACGACGUGAAAUUGUAAGGCAAAAACAGUUGGAGCGUCAGCAAUUGAUCAGCGAAAAGGAAUCGAAAUUAAUUGAACCAACUGAAGAACUGGGAAAAGAAGAAACAGAAACUGCCGAACCUAAGAUGUCACAAACUGAAUCUGUUGAAGUAGAAGAGAGCAAGGAGGAUGAUGAGAUUUUCAUAGCCUUUGCCCGAAUAUUUAGUGGCUCGUUGAAGAGAGGACAAAAACUGUAUGUUCUCGGUCCUAAGUACGACCCUGCUAAGGGACUGAAUUUCGAUAAGGGAACCGAUGAGGAGGAGCAGUUUGAUAUUGAUUCCUUCACGAGCGAAAAUAAUGAUUCAGGAUUUGAAAAUUUCGAAGAUAUUAAUGUGAGGAAGCAUAUGGCGUCUUUCGAAGUUGGUGAUCUUUACUUAAUGAUGGGAAGAGAAUUUGAGAAUCUUGAUGAAGUACCAGCUGGAAAUAUCGUUGCAAUAAACGGCCUCAAGAAGCUGGUUCUCAAAUCUGCAACAUUAUCAACUAGCCUCGCUUGCCCCGCUUUUACACCUAUGCCGUUCGAGGCACGACCUAUCGUUAGAGUAGCUGUCGAACCAGAACAGCCAAGUGAGCUGCCGUUUCUCGUCAAAGGCUUGAAACUCCUAAACCAGGCAGACUCCUGUGUUCGGGUUCUUGUCCAGGAGACUGGUGAAUACGUAAUAGUAACCGCUGGGGAGGUGCAUCUUCAGAGAUGCCUCGACGACCUUCGGACCAAAUAUGCAUGUAUCAAGAUUGCAGUGUCUCCACCUAUUACGCCGUUUAGAGAAACAGUAGUAGAGCGGCCUAAAGUUGACAUGGUGAACGAAGAGAUCGUGAACCAAAAUUCUUCUGAACAUAUACAAAGGCUUCCAACCUUCAUGCUACGAGAAAUACAAACAUGGAACGAGACCAUUAAGAAAGCGGACAGGAUGGUAGAUGAUAACUUAUCAGAAAUGAGUAAAGAUGAAAUAAAGUGGAUCAAACAAGCGGAUCUAAAGAAAUCUAACAAUAUUGUGGAUGUCGGGUUAAUCGAGGCAAGAACUGCGAACAAGCAGUUAUGCGUUUCCAUUAGGGCCUCACCCCUUCCAAAAACAGUCACUAAACUUUUAGAGUCAAAUGGGGACUUGAUUAAAACCAUUUCGCAAGUAUCUGCUGGUGUUACGUUAAGAGAAAGAAAAGAGCUUAGAUCGAUGUUAGCAAAGAAGACACAAGAUGCUAUUCAGAACUUUUUCACUGAACUGAAGGACGCUUUUGAGCAAGCUGGAGAACAGUGGGAUGACGCUAUUAAUUUCAUAUGGGCAUUUGGGCCUCGUGGAAUGGGUCCUAACAUAUUGCUGAACCGGAUACAGAGAUAUAGAAGGUCUUCUAUUUGGAGUGGAAUAAUAGAUGGUGUUGAUGAUACAGAAUCAGCUAUGGGCGAUCGAUGGGAAAACGACAACAGUAUUGUUAGUGGCUUUCAAUUAGCAGCGCUGUCUGGGCCUAUGUGUGAAGAGCCAUUGAUGGGCGUUUGUUUUGUGAUCGAGAACUGGCGAAGAGAAGACGAGAAGAUUACAGAUAAUUCAUGUUUGCCAACAGAUGAAAAUGCGAAACAUAACAGCGAAGAGUUUAGUCAUGCCAGUGUUUCUAAGAAAAGUGAGACUUGUACGAAAAGCGAAGAAGGGCAAAAAGAAAUGGACCUGGUCGAUAGCAAGGAGGACCAGUCGAAUAAAAAAAUAAACGAUGAUCAAAAUAGCAGUUCUUACGUUGAAAAGUCGUUAGAUGAGGAUAUCAAAGACUCUAAUAGCAGUGCGAUGAGAAAACCGGUAGCCGAUUCAUACGGACCGUUAUCCGGACAACUUAUUUCUGUUGUGAAGGAGGGUUGUCGCCGUGCAUUCAUGUCACAGCCCAUGAGGCUAAUGGCGGCUAUGUAUUCAUGUGAGAUACAGGCCACUGCAGAUGUCCUUGGCAAAGUGUAUGCCGUGCUUGGCAAGCGAGAAGGCAGAGUCCUAAGCGAAGAUAUGAAGGAGGGUACUGAGAUAUUCAAUAUUGCAUCCACGUUGCCAGUGGCGGAGAGUUUCGGCUUCUGUGAAGAGAUUCGCAAAAAAACCAGUGGCCUUGCCAGUCCACAGUUGGUUUUCAGUCACUGGGAGGCAAUUGAUGUAGAUCCAUUUUGGAUCCCAACAACUGAAGAGGAAUAUGAACGCUAUGGAAGUAAAGCAGAUUCUGAAAAUCAGGCCUUGAAAUACGUUAUGAGUGUGAGGCGACGAAAAGGUCUUUACGUCGAAGAAAAAAACGUAGAGUUUGCCGAGAAACAGAGGACUUUGAAGAAGAACAAAUAGAUAUUGUAUCAUAAUUUUGUUAAAAGCAGUAAAGUCAUAAUUACAACCAUAAAUUUGUUUUAGUUGCCUCGGAUCUAAGAUCAUUCUACGGAGCAAUUAGAAAGCUACCUAGAUGAUAGGUGAUGCCUGUGUAAAAUGUAAAAAAAAUUAUCUAAAAUUGGAUCAUACCAUCUGAAAGAACGCUAUGCAAUAUCUGUGCUAUAAGCUUCUCCAAAAAAUAGAUGCGGCUUUGUGAUGACGUUCUUGAGAGGAGUGGCACUUGCAGCAGACAUGUAGUGGGGCAUUAUUCUGGGGGGGGGGGGCUACUGUGAUCAAGGUCAUUUUUUAGCAAUUUUCACGUGUUAAGUAGCCCCAUCUUGAUAGUAUUUUGCUAAAGUUAUCAGCAAAUAAUUUGACACAGGGAAUCUAAAGUAUUUAUUUUUUGUGAACCCAGACCCUGCAGAAACCUGUGUGCUUUAGACCCCCCUCCUACCUUUUUCUCUCUCUUAUUUUCAGAACAAACAAAAGUUGCCGUUCAUGAUAAAUAGAGAUACCGCAAUUACCCCAUUUUCUGCCAAUUUUUUAUGGCACUAAUGUAACAAAGGCAAACCAUAAUCUACCGUUAUAUUUGAUGUCAUUUUUAUUAGGUUUUACCGUGUAUAGAAUUUCUGUCCAAAGUUGCGGAAUCUAUCGCAAAAAAUCAGUUUCUCAUUUAUUAUUAAAGAUUAUAUAUUUGAGAAAAAAUGUAGAAUAUUGUCGUAAUCGAAGAGAAUUUUUUAAUAAAAGAGGAAUUUUUCGUUAAUGAUAAAAUGGCCACGAGAGCAAGUUAUGGGAAAGUCCAAAAGUUUAUUUUAAAACCCAGCAAAGGUAGAAGUAGAAGCCGAUUAAGAUGGUAAAGAUGUGUAUCACAUCAAUGGGAGUGAUUUUUUAGAAAAGAGAAAGUAAAUGGAGAGAUAUCGAGGAUUUUCAAGUACAUUUUGAUGCUGAUAGAGAUGUAACUCUGUUGGAGACAUACGCAAGGAACUGGACACUACGCGUGAUGUCAACGUGAUCAUUGUGUGGGGAAAUUACUUGAUAUUUUGUGACCUUUUCGUUAUAGUCUUAUUUGGUAAUAUGUUUACGUGAACAGUUUUAUGGCGGUACAUAACUUGAAAAUGGCUUUGAAAAAAGCAAACAUUUCACAACAUAUUAACUAAAAGCUUUUUUCGUCUGACACUCCUCAGAGCAUGCGGGCAAGUUCACGCGUCUAACUGCACGACUGCGCGCCUGAAAUCAAGCACUUUUAAGAAAUUUGUAUUGUUAGUAAUGUGAAAUGUAUUCGAACAGGGACUUUGCGCGGCCAAAAUG